AUGGGAGGGGAGGAGAGCGCAACGACGAGCAACGAGACCGAUCCGCAGCGCCUGCUGGCUGUCCGCGCCGACAGGCUCCGGCAACCCGACGAGACCAUCGCCACUGUCCCGAACCUGUCGCUCCAAAGACCGCGCGACGAUGUCGACGCAUGCGUCAUCUGCCUCGACCCGCUCGCGGAGCCCUGCAAGCUGAUACCGUGCAAGCACUACCACUACCACUUUGUCUGCAUCGAGGCGUGGCUGUCCUCUGCGCCGGGAUGCCCGAUAUGCAAGGCGACAGUGUCCAAAGUCGCCCACGGGCCGAAACUCGAACAGAUUCAAGACCACACCAAGACCGCCUCACGUGCCCUGUCCUAUGCCGAAACCAGGGGCCCUCUCUUUGGCGCCUAUGAUACUCCGUCUUCUCCCACAACCGGACGUCCUCAGCUUGGAAGACCCCCGCGACACCUCUGGUCCGACGUCCUCUGGCCGAUCGAGCCGCAUGGCCUGGCCUUCCGACGUGCCGUCUACCGAUGGCUGCGCUACUCGAAGCACGUGGGCUCGAACCCGCGCUCCGGCUACCGCGAGCUGUCGCGGCGCGACUUCCAGAACGCGGCGGUCCUCGAGCGCGCGCGGACGUUUCUGCGGCGUGAGCUCCGCGUCUUCAGCUGGCUGACGACGCCCGAGGCAGAUACGAUGGAGAUGCUCAACGGCGAGACGUACGACUUUUUCGAGCGCCGGAAGAGGGUCAUCACCGUGGAGCGCAUGAUGGGCCACAUUCUGCGCCUGCUGCAGCACUUUGAGAUUCGCGGCAGCGACGGCGGCCUCGAGGACGUGGUGGCGCGGCACCUGGGGCGCGAGAACACGCAGCUCCUGCUGCACGAGCUGCACGCCUUUCUGCGCAGCCCGUUCGAGAGGCUGGAGGACUGGGACCGCGCCGUCCAGUACGACCCCCCGCCGGGGCCUUCUCCCGAGAUGCCCGACAUUCCGGAGCGGCGGCCGCGCCAGAAUUCUUUCACGAGCGAGCGAUAUUCACAGCGGUACAGGGAUAGACGGGACCCGAUUCGGCCCGCCAGGACGCAUGCGAGGGCACCGGCGUGGCGUGGUGGGCAGCGGCAGGUGAACCCAGGCUCAGCGGAAGUGGACCUGAGCCCGUGCAAACGGUGA